GAGGAGAGAGACUGCGAGAGAGCUGUGGGAGAGAUACGAGAGAUUCGGUUAAAUAGAGUGCAGUCUCCAGUAAAGGCUUGCGUUGAGAGCACACACACAGCACUCUCUCUGUCUCUCCCCUCAUAUCACACAACACUAACCGUUCUUCACAUCCAUUGCCUGUUCACAGCAUUCAUAGCAUUCAUAGCCCACUGUAUGUACGGCUCAUUGAAAGCAGAGUUCAAUUCAUACGGCAAUUGACUCCUCAUUUAGUGUACAAAUCGUGUGAUUAGUGAACAAUAAGUGCAUUACAUUCAACCCAUUCAUACAUAUUGUGUACAAAUAUGUUGUGUUCAUACCAUUUAUGACAUACACUGCGAGCCAUUGGGUGCACCACUGAAUAGCCAGUAAUUUGUGGACACCGUUUACCCUAUUAAUUGUCUGCGUGUAGACAUCUCGAUCACCAAUUCAUACGUUGAUACCAUCGGGUGAUAGUUGUCUGAAGUGAUGGUCGACUCCGACAAAUUGAAUAUCGACUCAAUCAUCCAAAGACUUCUCGAGGUCCGAGGGUCGAGACCGGGAAAGAACGUCCAGUUGUCCGAAGCGGAGAUCAAAAGUCUUUGCGUCAAAUCGAGGGAAAUAUUUCUGAGUCAACCCAUACUCCUCGAGUUGGAGGCGCCCCUCAAGAUAUGCGGUGACAUUCACGGCCAGUACUACGAUCUGUUGCGUCUCUUUGAAUACGGAGGCUUUCCUCCCGAAUCCAAUUACCUAUUUCUGGGCGAUUACGUGGACCGCGGGAAGCAGUCCUUGGAGACCAUAUGCCUACUGCUCGCCUAUAAAAUCAAAUACCCGGAGAACUUCUUCCUGUUGAGAGGCAAUCACGAGUGCGCUUCCAUUAACCGCAUCUACGGCUUCUACGAUGAAUGCAAACGACGCUAUAAUAUAAAGCUAUGGAAAACGUUUACCGAUUGUUUCAAUUGUCUUCCGGUGGCGGCCAUUGUGGACGAGAAGAUCUUCUGCUGUCACGGAGGGCUCAGCCCUGAUCUC